UCUCCCUCUCCUAUCGCAGCACAAUGAAAGCCUGUGUUUCGCCGUGAGUCCGAGGAGCGGGAGCCGGUGUCAGGAAAGCGCUCGGAACAGACCUGAAAGAGAAAGGAAAAUACAAGCUACUUUUUUCUUCUUCCCCCCCACCCCAUCUAUAAAGCGAAGCAUUACAAGAGAUAGAGCCACAUUGCCUAUGGGAGUUCAGACCCUGUGAGCCACUGGCCGGGAAAGGAAUGUACGAAAGUGGACAGAAAAGUGGCUGGAUAUGACUCGGUGCAAUUUGCUGGAAGUUUGUAAGUUUGACCAUCGUUUGUAAAUUACUCUCGGAAGACUUUGUCUCUCUUGAUACUGUAUUAGAAUAGAACUUGGGGGCGAGGGAUAAAAACGUAAGUGGGAAAGGGGAAGAAAUGUUUUGAAGGAGCUUUCUCAGUAGCCAGCCACUUCAGAGUGCUUUCAUUUAAAACUAAGCAACCUAAGAGGGAAUCGGGAUUUUUGCCGGUGAUUGGAUUAGCUUGAAGAAAAGAGCAUGGUCCUGAAGUCCAAUUACAGACGUUGUUAAGACCGAAAAGCUGUCUCCUUUGGGGAGAAGACUACAUUCUACCGUGCCCCCCAGGAGGACACCGGAGGGAGAAAAAGGGACAGAGAAACCAAGACAGUCUGCCUUGAUUUCCUACACUUCGAACAUGACUUCCGAAGCCCUGGAAAACAGCCCUGUUGUUUGUUUUCUAACCUGAGCAGAAGUGAAGGCUGCUGGUUACAGAGACCAGGCUGGAAAUGUGUUUCUCUGCAGAAACACCCCCAUAAAUAAUUUUCUGAAGUAACUUGGUGAGGGGGAGGCCGGGCCUCUGUUAAUGACCCUUUUGAUUCCUUUUGCUAUGCGUUUCUGUCUCUUUCUUGAUGAUCCCUGAAUUCUUGAGCUAUCCCCCAGACUUUGUGUUUACAAAGUACCUGGAGGCUCUUGUCAGCCUGGUGGGGGAGAAAAAGAUCUACAACUCUCUCGAACUUCUCCUGAGCUGUCAAAUGCAAUUAGAGUAAGUUGAUCAGGGUUUGUUUCUAACUUCCCUUCUCCAAUUGGUUUCUAAUCUUUCCCCCAACCCUCUUGCUACUCGCUCCCCUCCCCCACACCUCCUCCACUGUCUCCCCACCCUCUGAAGACCUUUAUUCAUGUGGCCCUGAACACUGAAACCAGCUUUGCCUGCAAUACUCAGCCCCAGCCUCUUGCACCUCACCAUCCCAGAGGCAGUAAUCACUGUGUCCAACAAGAUGGGGGACACAGCGCCCCCGCAGGCCCCCGCAGGAGGUUUGGGGGGGGCUUCUGGGGCGGGGCUCCUUGGAGGGGGCUCAGUCACCCCUAGAGUGCACAGUGCUAUUGUGGAACGCCUGCGGGCUCGCAUUGCUGUCUGCCGACAGCACCACCUGAGCUGUGAAGGACGCUAUGAACGUGGUAGGGCUGAGAGCUCAGACCGAGAAAGGGAAAGCACUAUGCAGCUUCUCAGCCUGGUCCAGCAUGGCCAGGGGGCAAGGAAGGCUAACAAACAUGCCAAGGCUACAGCCACAACUGCCACCACCACAGCCCCUGCACCGCCCCCUGCUGCCCCUUCUGUGGCCUCCCAGGCAGCAGCCACAGCCCCACCACCUCCACCAGACUACCACCAUCACCACCAGCAGCACCGGCUGACCAGUAAUGAUAAUGGUGGGAUAAACAGAGAACAGCAACCACCAGCUUCGACCCCCGGGGACCAGCGCAACUCGGCCCUGCUUGCGCUCCAGGGCUCCUUGAAAAGAAAACAAAUAAUCAACCUGUCUCCUGCCAACAGCAAGAGGCCCAAUGGCUUUGUCAACAACUCCUUCCUAGAUAUCAAAAGGAUCAGGGUUGGAGAGAACCUUUCCACAGGUCAGGGGACCCUCCCAGUAAAUAAUGGACAAAGUCAUAUGAUGCCAGGACCCUUGACCAUGAGCCAAGCACCCCUGAGAAAGACGAAUGCUCCGCCCCCUCCUUUGCAGUCUCCUAGCAACACCAUGUUUAACAUGGGCUUAAAGGAGGUGAAGAAAGAGCCUGGGGAGACCGUGUCUUGCAGUAAGCAUGUGGACAGCCAAAUGACGCAGGAGAGUCGGUUUGGAGAUGACCCUGGAGAGCAACUGAUGGACCCCGAACUGCAGGAACUGUUCAAUGAGCUGACCAACAUAUCAGUGCCUCCCAUGAGUGACCUGGAGCUGGAGAACAUGAUCAAUGCCACUAUUAAGCAGGACGACCCAUUCAGCAUUGACUUGGGUCAGCAGAGCCAGAGGAGUACACCUAGACCUUCCCUGCCCAUGGAGAAGAUGAUUAUCAAAAGCGAAUAUUCACCUGGUUUGACCCAGAGCACCUCAGGCUCUCCCCAGCUAAGGCCCCCAUCAGCUGGCCCUGCAUUCUCCUUGGCCAACUCUGCUCUCUCUACUUCAUCACCAAUCCCCACAAUUCCCCAGAGUCAGCCUCAGCCUCAGACAGCAGCAGUAACAAAUAGGGCUCUGCCGAGCUGGCAAGAAGUAUCCCAUGCCCAGCAGCUCAAGCAGAUAGCUGCAAAUCGUCAGCAGCAUGCACGGAUGCAGCAGCAGCAACAGCAGCAGACUCCUCCCAGCUGGCCAGCCCUGCCCUCCUCUGCUGCGCCAUCCCCAGGGGCAUUUGUGCAGGAAAGCAUCCCCAGUCCUUCCUUUGGCCAACAGCCAUUCAACCCACAGGGGUCAUCUAUGCCUGGGGUAGCCAGCAGCAGCAACCAGUCCAAAGCAGUGACCAACUAUGCGUACAAGGCUAGCCCCUCAGCCCAGGCUGGACACCUGGAUGUGCUUCUGCAGCAAAAGACUCAGGAUCUCAGUCGAAGUUUUAUUAACAACCCGCACUCAACCUUGGAGCCCCGACAUGGCAACACCAAGCCUCUGUUCCAUUUUAACUCAGACCAAGCAAACCAGCAGAUGCCUUCUCUUUUGCCUUCCCAGAGCAAGCCUUCUCUCCUGCACUACACGCAGCAGCCGCAGCAGCCACAGCAGCAGCAACAACAACAGCAACAGCAAGGCUCGCUGGCAGCUCAACAACAGCAGCAACCACCACAGAGUUCAUUGGUAGCUCAGCAGCAGCAGCAGCAACACCAACAGCAAGGCUCGAUGGCAGCUCAGCAACAGCAGCAACCACCACAGAGUUCGUUGGUAGCUCAGCAGCAGCAGCAGCACCAACAGCAACAGCAAGGCUCCAUGGCAGCUCAACAGCAGCAGCAGCAGCCGCAGCCGCAGCAGCAGCCACCAUCCCAACCCACCCAACCUUUAUCAAGCCAGUCUUUGCUAAGGUCACCCAUGCCACUUCAGCAAAAGAUCAUGCUUCAGAAAAUGCAGCCUCAGCCCAUCGCAGGCCUGGGAUAUCAAGUCGCUCAACAGCACAGACAGGAUCAACACACUGUGGUAGGCCAGAACACAGGCCCCAGUCCAAGUCCCAACUCCUGCUCGAAUCCAAACACGGCAAGUGGUUUCAUGAACUCCCAGCAGUCUCUGCUGAAUCAGCAAAUGAUGGGAAAGAAACAGACCCUGCACAGGCCAGCCAUGGAGCCCAAGCAACAGCUCCUCCUCCAACAGCAGAUGCUGACUGAUUCGGAGAAACUUUCCCCUCAGGAUCAGAUGAACCGACACCUGACAAGACCACCCCCGGACUACAAGGACCAAAGAAGAAACUCGGGAAGCUUGCAGCCAGCCACUCAGUAUUCUGGUGGCGCAUCUACGGUGAAUAUAAACUCUAACCAGACUUUGACAAACCCGGUCUCAACACACACCCUUCUGACGCCAAACCCCAGCCUCAUGUCGUCAACGUCCCAUGGGAUGAGAGUGCCACUGUUGUCCACAGCAGUUCAGAGCAUGGGAGUGUAUGGAAACCUGCCUUGUUCCCAGCCCGGCACCUACAACGUCACUCCAGCAAUGAGUCAGCUGACCCAACAGAGAAACACGACUCCACUGAUAACCAAUCAGAACAACCCCCUGAUACCACGGCCAUCUCCCUUAGGGGCAAAUAACUGUAACAGUGUGGCCACCUUUGCAGCCGGAGCUGUUGGCAGUUCACAACAACUGAGGCCAAGUUUGCCCCACAGUUUAGCAGGCAUGCCAGCCCAGAGGUCGUCCACCGUCAUGAUCACAUCCAACACGACAGCAACAAACUGGGCUUCUCAAGAUGUAACAGCGAAACAACAGGAAGCCCUCAAAUCCACAGGAGUCCGCUUCCCAACAGGAAGUACACCUGCAGCCUAUACCCCAAACCAGUCCUUGCAAGCAGGAGUGGGGAGCCAGCCCUUUUCCCAGAGGGCAGUGGCGCCCCCUAGCCAGUUAACGCCAGCAGUACAAAUGAGACCUAUGAACCAAAUGAAUCAGGCACUAAAUGGGCCGACUCUGGGUCCACUCAGGGGUUUGAACCUCAGACCUAACCAGCUGAGCUCGCAGAGUCUGUCUAAUAUGAAUCCGUCAGGCACAGGAUUGAAUCAGGCGCGGACAGGCACCAGCCAGCCCCCAUCCCUGACGCCCAACGCUUUUCCUUCAUCCAACCAAAGCUCCAGGGCUUUUCAAGGCACUGACCAUAGCAGCGAUUUAGCUUUUGACUUUCUCAGUCAACAGACUGACAACAUGGGCCCUGCCCUAAAUAGUGAUGCUGAUUUCAUCGACUCUUUAUUGAAGACAGAGCCUGGCAAUGACGACUGGAUGAAAGACAUCAACCUUGAUGAGAUCCUGGGAAGCAAUUCCUAAGAGAAAAGGACGGCGGUUCACGGGCUCCAGGCAGUAGCUGCCAAGGACCCUGUAAUGCUAAGUUGCCGAUCAGCAUCCGAGUGAACUCAGGCAUCCAAACGGAAAGCUGACAGUAACUACGGUGAUCAACACGCUGGUUCGUUCUUGUUUCAAAAAUCCCGAGCCUGAUAUUAAAACAUUGGGAUGGCUUUUCCCUGCCUGAGCGUCAGGACGCGAUGUCCAGUUUAUCCAAACACAACUGUGAUGUUGGUGUGUAGUUAAUUAUGUCAAACGGUCUUCCCAAGUUCCUUUUCUUGGUGAAGGAAACACAGAGGAACUUGAGGCUUGUUUCAAUCCCGUAUGGCAGACAGGUGUUAGUUCUAAGCAACAGGCAGUAGACUGCCAUCUGCUCUGGUAGGUAAGGAUGCUUAGGUUUCUCCACUAUCUUUUCUUUUACUUUCCCUAAUACUUGCAGGAAAGAUUGACAUAUGGUUGUUUGGAGUAACUAAGAGAGCACCAGAGCACCAAGAAGCCAUCCAGCAGAUUGGACGAUUUCUUCCCCAGCUGCGGUCCUCAUUUUGCAGUUUUCCCAGUUUUCCCACGUGUUUUGUAUUUUGGUGGGAUGCUGUGUCUUGUGAUAAAACAGGAAUGCAGGACUUACAGCUUGCAUGGGGCUUCCCUGCUGAUUUUUAUAGCUAACCAAGACUUGUCCCAUCACCCCAAAGUAUCAGUGCACAACGGCCUACAUCAAAUUUCACUUAAAAAAUUGAAUUUUGCCAUGUAGGAGACAAACAUGGCCACAAGUAACCAGAGAUGUUUCUAACUAUGAUUGAUGCCCAUGGUUGUGCCCAAGCAGAAUGAAAUUGAGCCUUGACCUCUUUUUUUUUUUUUUUUGGUAGCCUGAGACUUGUUUGUAAGGAAUGAAGGUUUGAAUUGGAGUGAGAUUAGAGCGCCCUAUUUGGAUUGGAGAUAGGGAACAGGAGAAGGGUAUGAGGAUUGGCACAGAGCCUUUUCACAGAGUGUAGAGGAAAUCAUAACUGAGACAACAGAGCCUUCCUUGGACAUAGCACUUGGACUUGGGUGGACAGCUGAGCCCAGUGUCGGCCAUGCAUAGCCACUCUCCAUGACACAGGGAAGUUUUACCAUAUGCUGCCUGGGCCCUUCUUAUCCAGCCUUCCUCCCUCAGGGGUGACUUUUGUUGGGUCACUGGAGCCCGGUGUCCACAUCUAUGUCCACUGCAGAGCAGAGGAGGUGUGCAGGUCCAAGAUGGCUCUAAAAUACCGCCACCACUAGCCUAAAGCCAGAGAAUCGAAGGGUACUUGUGACCUUUGAGCUAGACAGUCACACACUUAAACAUCAAGUGUGGUUUAACUCAAGUUGUUUGAGGCACCAAAUCUUCACGAAUCUGUUCAGAAAAGGAACACAUUUUUUAAAGCUCUCUUCUAGACUUCACGAUGCCUUUGGGCUCCCACCUCCCUAUCUACUGCACCAAUAGCACUGGCCCAGCAUCUUUCCCGUGCUGAUUUGUAAAUAUUAAUAACUUACUUGUUUUUGUAAACUUUUGUAAAGAAUAUUUUGGUAGAAAUACUUAAAACAUAUUCUUUGGAUUAUAUUUAUACAUAUGUGAAAUAAAUAUACUAUCGAAAGGUUAUAUUUUAUACAAAAAGUAAAUUGUUACCUUUUGUAUGCUAAUAUACAAAGUUUUGUAUAAUACGAUGGUUUAUUUUUAGCUCUACACUUAAACCGUAGUGAUGGAGUGGAAACUUUUAAAAACUAUCAAGAGGCUUGCUAGAUGAAUUUAUAUUCUGAAACCUCCGUGAAAGCAUUCCAGGUUUCCAUCCCGCCCUGUCGUUGCCGUGUUUGCCAGCUCUGAAUUCUUUAUUAAGCCCAUGGUUCUCGUGUCUUAUUUGAUUAUUCUGCUGUGCAUACUGUACCGGUCCCUGUAGCAUGUGUUCUACUGUGUGUUUCCCCAUUAUACGAAACAAUGUUUCUCCAUGCAGAAAGAGAGGAAAAACACUGUGUAUAUAAAUACGCAUUUUUUGUGGCUCCUCCAGAUUACUGCACAGAUCUGCAGGAUUUCCCAGUUGCAGCCCCGUGAUUCAGCUUCUUCUCACCCUCACACAAACAGCGCAGUUUGUAGCAGCUGUCCAGUUGUUCCACUGAAGAGGCAACGCAAACAGAAUGGCUGGUUUUUCUUCUAUCUUAAUGUGAAUUUCAUAAUUAAUGUGUAUUUAUUCAGCUAUUCAUUAAAAUACAGGAUUCUUUGGAGGGUGUAAUCUAUAGUUUCUGUUUGUGGGCAGCCUAUUACCAAAGAUGAUGUAAUUUCCCGAAAGCUGAGAUAAUGACAAUUUGAUAGACACACUUAGCAGAGCCUCAGAUUUACAACGUAAGAGCCAUUGGGACACAAACUCCCAUUGAUAGAAAUGCCAGACUACUUCAUUGCUGACAUUGCUUGUCAUCCUGAUACACAACAGAGAAGGCAGGAGUCAUUUUUCUUUCUUUUUUUAAAUUCAGAGACACAAAAGUAAUGUAGGUAAAUAAUUCCUUCUUGGCUUUGUGUUCAGCCCAAUGAAAUGAGUCACCAAGUGAGGUGCUGGUAUUGCCUGCAUCGCCGUCCUGAACCCACGAAUGUAAAGAUCCAACUUGUAACAUGAAUAUUUUGUAUUGUGUGUAAUUUCAUGUGUAAAAAAAAAAAUAG